GGACCGGGACCGGGACCGGGACGGGAGCAGGAGCGAGGAGCCGCCGGGUCCCGGAGGCCUGAGCUCCGGGGACCAGAGGAAGCUGAGCCGGACCCCGAAGUGCGCGCGGUGCCGGAACCACGGGGUGGUCUCGUGCCUGAAGGGCCACAAACGGUUCUGCCGCUGGCGGGACUGUCAGUGCGCCAACUGCCUGCUGGUGGUGGAGCGGCAGCGCGUCAUGGCGGCCCAGGUGGCCCUGAGGAGGCAGCAGGCCACCGAGGUGAGCCUGGGCCCGAACCGGGCCGAACCGGGCCGAGCCGGGCCGA